AUGGCUCAGCUCGAAAAACAAGCAUCCUCAACUAAUGUUGUGGAUAAACCAGAACAAGUAGCGACUGCUGAGACAAAGACCGAAGCCAAGGCACAGCUCAUCGCUAGCAUCAAAAAGAAGAGCAAAAAAAGCAAAAAGAAUGCAAGAAAGGUCAAGACGGAAUAUGAGCCCCCUAAGGAGCUCGCUGGUAUCCUCGCUACAGAGCAGUUGCAAGAGGCAAUGGACCGCGCCCGGGAGCGUGUCGCGACCAUCAGCCGCCUGUGCAGGGCGCGCAACGAAAAGUUCAAGGAUUCCGAGUUUGACUUCUCAAGCGAUAAGGAUGCAUGUCUUCAUGGUCUCGGGCUGGACGAGAGCGCCCGCUAUGAUACUUCGGGUGUCAUGCGUGUCACAGAGAUCUUUGAUAACCCCGUCCUCUUCAAGGAUGGCGCAAAUGCGUCUGACAUUGCCCAGGGAGUUGUCGGUGACUGUUGGUUCUUGUCAGCCCUAGGAGCCAUUGCGGCUAUUCCUGGUCUCAUUGAGAAGAUCUGCGUUGCUCAUGACGUUCAGGUCGGAGUGUAUGCCUUCAUCUUCUUCAGAGAUGGACUCUGGCAGGAAGUCAUCAUCGAUGACCAAUUGUUUGUUUCUACAGCUUCCUAUGACGAGCUAUCGUUCGAAGAGGCAAAGGUUUAUCACUUCGACCGGGAUCUAUACAACUCUAUUGCUCGAAAGGGUCGCAAGAUACUUUGCUUUGGUCGUGGUCUCACCGAUGAUGAAGUCUGGGUGCCUCUGAUUGAGAAGGCAUAUGCCAAGUUCUAUGGCUCCUACGCUGCCAUUAGCGGUGGCUGGACUAUGGAAGGAAUUGAAGAUUUGACCGGUGGCGUCAGCUAUGCGCGCGAGAUGCACGACGUACUUGAUCUUGACGCACUCUGGAACGAGCUUGUCGAGCAUACGUCUCGAGAGAACAAAAGCAAGACAUACGCGUGUGGCAGCAACCGACCUGAAAACGCAGGAGGCGUAAAACAGGAGAAUUUGAUCUACAACCACGCGUAUGCUGUGCUCAAGGCUGCAGAGUACAACGGAAAGCGCUUUGUCGUAAUCCGUAAUCCAUGGGGCAACAACGAGUGGAAGGGGCGGUGGAGCGACGGAAGCAAAGAAUGGACAAAAGAGUGGCUUCCUGCCCUCGAUGUGCUCGACCACAAGUUUGGAGAUGACGGGCAAUUCGUCCAAGAGUGGAGCGACUUCUUGACCCAUUGGCAGUCGAUCGAUGGUGCUAGGCUAUUCGAUAGCUCAUGGAAGGUUUCAAGUGUAUGGGUUGAGCUGACUGGAAUGACCGCCCUUCACGCCGGAAAAUGGGGCGACGUAUCUUCGACGCCUGCUGUGAUCGUCUUGCAAAAGGUCGACACCCGCUCCUUUAAAGAUAUUGCUGGGCAUCUGCUCUAUGACUUUGACUUUGUGAUUUUCAAGAAGGGCCAGAAGGAUAUUUAUGCCACGUCUUUCCGCAAGGGUAAAUGGAGGCGCAGUCAGAGCACCGAGGUUGACUUUGAGGCCGGUGACUACAUUGUCCAUGUUCGCUUGGAUGCCCUUGCGUACAAAGAAGCCGAUUAUUUGGAACAGCUGCUACCUCAAAUGAACGAACGUAUCCUCGCUCAGACCGUCGCGAGGCGCAAGGCAGCUUACUCUCUGGCACUCAACUACUCUGACCAAAACGCCGACAACAGUAUCCCAGUGACACUGGACAACCUAGCUGGAUAUGACCUGACGGAGAUUGAACUCAAAUGGAUGGAAGAGAAACGGGAGGCCGAUGCAAAGCUCAAGGCGGAAAAGAAGGCUGCUCUCGAGGCGAACGGUGCCACUGAUGAAACCGCUACAACGGCAGGUGACGAAAAGGAGGAGAAAGAAGGCGAGGGCGAGGAAAAUAAGGCCGAAGCAGAACCCACCACCGAUCCCGCAGCGCAUGAUGGAACGACGUGCAAAAUGUGCUCCACCUCGCCAAUCAAUGGUGCCCUUUAUACCUGCAACGACGAAUCGUGUCAAGACUACACCUUGUGCACCGCCUGCUUUGAGAAAAAGGAGCACAAUCAAGCGCACUCUAUGACUGUAAGGACGACACCGACCAAGAUAAUUCACGUUGGGGAGCAAUGCAGCAGCUGCAGCAAAGAGCCGAUCAUCGGAACGCUUUACCGAUGCAUGAAAUCUGACUGCGAUACCAAUGCGUUAUGCUCGGUUUGCUACGACAAGAAGGAACACUCUGCAAAGCAUCCCAUCCUUGUCCAGCCCUUCCCGGAAGAGGCAGAGGAGGAAGAAACGCAAGAAGAAGAAGAAGAAGUACCAGUGCACGAGAAUUUUACAUGUGAUAUGUGCGGAACUUCGCCAAUCGUCGGUCCGAGAUUCCAUUGCAUCGAUGUUUCGUGCCCCGACUUUGACUUGUGUGAAAAGUGCAAUGCGCGUGGUGUCCAUUCACCGACGCACCACAUGAUGCGCUUGAACUCGCCGGAGGAGGCGACCUAUCUCAACGCUAGCUCUUCAGAUGGCUCCGAGCUCGUAUUGGGCCUUCGGGUCUACACCAAGGCUUUUGCACCUGCCACGCUUGCUGCCCAGCUCAAGCACGUGAUGCUGACGGCUUAA